AUGCGGCGGCAUCGGUAUGGCCGACGAAAAGUGCAGCGGCGCGAGGUGAGAACCGGAGAAGAUGAUGGCGAGUUUUGGACGUGUAUUGGAGGUUAUGGUGAGAUUAUGAAGAACCAUGGCAAGGUGGUUACAUGUAAUGAGACGAUUGACAUCAUUGAUGAGCAGAAAUAUUUGGUGAUAUACAACCUCUUUGAUGGAGAUAUCAGUAAAAACUAUAAGGUUUUUAAGCUAGCUUUUCAAGUGAGUGACAAUAGUAAUAAUAGCGGCACUUUAGUUACCUGGAGUGUUGAAUAUGAGAAGAUCAACAAUGAUGUUGAAGCUCCAUAUGGCUACAUGGAGUAUCUUGACAAGUCCACUAAAGAAAUUGAUGCUUAUCUUCUCAAGGCAUAA